AUGUACAUCCCAUGCAUUAAUAAAGAUACUGAUGCCCAUCCAGAAUGCAGAGUUAGUGAUUAAGUAAACAAAUUCUUGGCUGCCACUUCGGAUAUCAAUCACUAAAUUAUUUGGAUUAAAAUUUCAGCUAAUGAUGACGAAAAAUGUAAAUGGACUAAUGAUAUCAAUUUCAAUUGCCAAAGAACAUAAGAUAUUGCUAACUAUUUAAAAGUCGCUUCUAAUAAAAAAAUUGGUUACUUUUCUACCUAAGAAGACUGGAUCAAAAUUUAUGGAGAUAAAUAUGGUUGUUCUGAAGCAUCAGAUUUAUAUAAUUUCUACCCUCUCUACUACAAAUAUUUAGAUGAUUAACCUAAUACUAAAGAGUUCUUAGAUCACAAAUUUGGAACUUUUGGACCUCAGGCCAUGAAAAUGUAUAAGACAACUGAUCAAUGCAAUGCUUAAUUGAAUAUAAAUAUUUUAUAUCCAGAAAAUUUGUCAAUAAAUUUAUGA